AGAUGUACAUAAUAUGUAAGAUGUAAGAUGUAAGAACUUCAAAUUACUCGCUGAUGAACGAAGUGGCUAGGGAGAUGAGGCUGGUGGUUUCAGACGACGGGAGCUUACAUUCCAUGGAUCAUGGAUGUGAUUACAUGACGUCUUUGUGGCUGACAACUUGAAAUUAGUUGAUUGUUGAUCGGUCUUGCUUAUCUAGGUCUUGCUUAUCUAAAUGAAUCACUCCCCUGGCAGCACAUGAACAAUUAAAGGAACGGCCGAGGUUCAAUUGACACGUGCAACAACCGAGCAACAGCGUCAUCAACCUUACAUUAUGUAACUUUGCUGAAGCUUCCUCAAUCUCCGAAAUACUCAACUUUCUCUAUAACUUCUAUCUAGCGUGCUCACCUACCAAGCAUCUUUUAUAACCUAUCUCUCCCAAUCGCAUCAAUUUUCAAUUUAACUCUUCUCGCAAAAAUGGGUCUAAAGAAUGACAAGUUUCCUUCCUCGGUAGCCUUCGAAGCUAUCAACGAGGCUUUACAAAGCGAAGCCGACCGAAAAGAUGCUAUCAAGCAAGGCAACGCCAUCUUCGCCUUUAACAUAAAGAACAAAGCUGGCGAGACCGAGAGUUGGCAUAUUGACCUUAAAGAGAAGGGUACCGUCGCUAAGGGUCUAGGCGAGAAACCAACAGUUACUCUAUCGCUUUCGGACGAAGACUUCGGCAAGCUCGUAGCCGGUCAGGCCAAUGCGCAACGAUUGUUCAUGUCCGGAAAGUUAAAGAUUAAGGGCGACGUGAUGAAAGCGACUAAGCUACAGCCUAUCCUAGCUAAAUCACAGACAAAGGCGAAGCUAUGAGAUGUUGGAUUGUCGCUAAUAUAUAGCCUGUAUAAUAUUCAACUUUUGACGAUAUGAGCAACCCACGUACCCCCUUUUCCUUCUUCUUUAAACUAUAUACUUGAACGCCAAGGCGUUAUAUCAUUCAAUUAAGCCAAUUAACUUAGUUCGCUGUCAUUAAUGAUUUUUGGAGCGGAAUUUCCGUGAAGUAAGAGUUGUAUAAAAUAGCUUUAAAGUACCUAAGAACUUCGCAAAUCCAAAGAUGUACCUGAUCUCUUAAAAAUGUUAUAAGUCUACUUAUGUAAGUAGCUAUACUCAAACCUAGAUAUAUACAGC